UCACUGAGCAAUAGACAGGGUUGAAGCUGAUCACCUGUUUUUUUUAAUCUUUAUCUAUCAUCAAUCUUUAAUCCUACAAAAAUCUCUAAAAUUUAAUAAUUUAAUUUUCAUUCUAUCUUCUUCCUCAUCAUUACCCGGAUUUGAUUUUGUAGUGAGAUAGAAUACCUCUGAUUCCCUUUUGACAUAUAUUCUUCCCUGAAAUUCCAUCAAUUAUCGAAUAAAAACCUUUCUCCAAAUUCUCCACUAAUAAUUUUAUUUUUGUAUCACUUCACAGUUUGUUUGAAUUAAACAAUCCUUGUAGUUAUUGACUUUUUCAUCGAGAUCGAAUUUCGAAGCUAUUGAUCGAUCGAAUUUCAGAAACAAUUGAAUUUGAAUUUGCCGGCAUGGGCGAUGUGAGUCUGGAUAAAUGGAGGGAUUAUUUCCGAAGCGCGAGCUCCGACAUUUUCAGCAUAAUCGAGCACGCGAUACUGAUCGCUGCAUCCGAUUGCCCUCACGACUUCCGAUUGAAGAGGGAUCGGAUUGCGGAGAUGCUCUUCACCUGCAAACUGGUCAAGUGUUUCGGCUGCGAAUUGAAUGGCGAUAAGAGCGAGGAUAAAUUGAAGAGCGAGAUCGAUGAUACGAAGGAGAGCAAGGUCAAUAGCAGCAGCAGAGACUAUGCUGAUGAUCACACGAAUCAGGCUGAGGCUUUGACUGAUGAGAUCGAGGAGGAGUCGCAGUUCUAUGGGGAGGUGUUGAGGAUCAAGGAUGUUGUUGAUAACUUUGAGGAUGAGUCUGAUGCAAUGCUGUUUGAGUGUUUGAGGAAGCUUCAGCUCAUGCCUUUGUCUGUCGAGAUACUUAAGGCUACGGAGAUUGGGAAGUCUGUUAAUUCUCUCCGGAAGCAUGGAUCAAAGGAAAUCCGGAAUAUAGUGAGGACGUUGAUUGAGGAUUGGAAAGUGAUGGUUGAUUCGUGGGUUAAUGCUACGGCAGCUGUUGCAGAAAUGGCAACAGAAUCUGUGAAAACAUCUGUUGUUGAAGAAGAAGAGGAGGAAGAAGGGCUACCAUCUCCUCCACUCGAUGAAGGGGCUUUCUUUGCUACCCCUUCUUCAAUGGAGCUGUCACAGUUCUUUGACGGCAUUGAUGAUGAUGGAAGUGAGUUUCUUCCCUAUGUCUAUUCUGCUGCUGUUUAUUCUCUGGGCGUAUGCCAUUCGGUUCUUAGUCGAAUUUCCCACUAUAAAAAAAACAAAGAUGGAUUAUUUCUUAUUGAGGAGGAUGUUGUUUCAGAUCCUCGAAACAGUGGGGAGUUCAACAAGAACCGAGAAAGUGGCAGAAAGCCGACUAUUCCAAAAACAGACCACCGUAAAUGGAAACCUCAGAACCCCCGUGACUCAGGCCCUCCUCCAAAUGACCGGAAACCUGAGCCAAAGAGAAAUGAGGAAGCUACAUGGAUGAAACAAGCCCCUUCAAAACCUCGUAGGCCUUCCAGUGAUGAACCUGGACCAGGAAGACCAAAGCCUCCGAGCACUGAAUCAGCCCUCGGUAGAUUUAAACCAUCUCCCAAACCCAAGGUUGAAUAUGAGACCAUCAAAGCCAAGCAAAAAUCCGAAAAUCGCCCAAUUCAGAGGAAACCAAUGCCUCCACAACAGGAGAAGGUGAAUUUGAAAAACGAGGCUUCAGUUCGUAUGAAAUUAGAGGCUGCAAAAAGAAAACUGCAGGAACGCUAUCAAGAAGCUGAAAAUGCCAAGAAACAGAGAACCAUACAAGUUGUGGAGUUGCAAGAUCUCCCCAAGCAGAGCCAACAAAGGAAUCCACACAUGAGGGCCGGCAACCACAACAGGCAAUGGACGAAUGGACGAAGAUAGCCCUGUAACUACUACUACUACUAAACAUAAUGAUAAUAAUUCUCAAAUCUCUUCCAACUCUUCCGGUCAGAGUCCACUGGAACGAUGUCGCUAACCAGACAAUUCAGUUUAUCCCCGGGAAAAUUUAAGUAGGCGGUUGGCGGGGAGGGGUAUUUUGGUCUACUUAAUGAAAUCAUGUGGUGUAGCAUAGAUCUUGUAGUUGAUUGUUUAGAAAAGCAUAAAGUAGCCCAUAAAUAUAUGUAUUCAGAAUGCAUAUUUCCAGUGAACACACAUGGAUUCAAACUAAAAUACAAAUUGAAUAGGAAAAACAAAAUAGAAUGAAAAGAAAUGUUUUUAUUUUUGUA